AACAUAUUCAAACUUUUAAGUAAUCGUAUAUAAAUCGGCUGGAUUAAAAUACCUUAGAUGGUAUUACGGUAUUUAACAAAUCAACGUGUUUUAGCAAAUAAUAUUGUCGUUUAGGGUCCAUAAAAUGAAUAACUUCCGUAUAACCUUUCAUUACGCUAGACUAACAUAAUCACUUCCUUUCGCAGGAACAUUCGCCUCCGGGGUGAUUUUCGAAAGCAUGAUUUAAACAUCCGGCACCCGUGAUGAGUUAGUUGAAACGUAUUGUUUAUAUCGUGACUGGCCAGGUUGUCCCGUUAAGCGAUAAUAGCGAUAACACGGUAGCACAUAAUAAGGCCAGUUGGGAAAGAGUAUGGCUGAAGUCCAGAAGCAAGCCAGAGUUUUCCUGGAGCUCAGGCAGCGGUUAAAGAGCGGGCUGGUGGUGUUAAGGGCAGAUGUUGCUGGAGACCCUGCAGAUGUCUCGGUGUCUGCUGGUGAGGCGUCUCUGCUUAUAAAGACAUCAAGGGAGCUGCUGUGCACUCUGCUACCACCAGGGGUCACUCUUGUACCAGGAUCCUGCAGGGUGGCCCAUACAACCACAGGAGAUGGGCUGCACCUGAGACUGCGCCUGGAGGUGGACCAGCACACAGAGGUCCCCAGGAGUGUGUUUGCCAAGCUGCGUGUUCAGCAGAGUCACGCUUUCUGCUGUCAGCACUGUGGACAGACUCUGCUGCCAGCCAGAACUUUCCGAAGGGUCCUCCCCCUGCCCACCGGGAACUGGAAUCCACUGGUGGACUGGUGCUGUCACCCUGAUCCCUUUGCGAACAAGAAGUUGCUCCCCAGACAAGAGGACUGUUUACUGGGGGACACCUUUGUCCUGCUGGCCUGUGAGGGGGACGCGGGUGGGGGGCUCGUACAGAUGCCAGCCCCCGCUGACCUGGAACACGGCUCAGAUCCCGUGCAGAGGGUGUCCAAAAACGAGGUGGUGCUGUGUGCCAGUUGCCGGGCAACGCUUGGGGAGGCCGAGGCUGCAGGGGCCGUGAGGCUGUACAUCACGGAGGUGACAGUGAGGGACGCAGCCGAGGGCGGGGACAGUGACCUGAGGACGCGCCGGCACCUCUUCCUGGAGCAGACAUUGGCCGCCAGGCUGGUGGAGCUCUCCAGCUCACAGAGCAUCUUCCGGUUCUGCAUCCAGAUUCCCAGCGGGAAGGCCUACGUCCUGCUUUGGCUGCUAAACACAGAUACUCUCCUGGCUUCUCUGUCCGACCCCAACUCUCGCAUCUCUCCUGGAGACGGUCCCCUUGGUGAGCACCCAUCGUGUAAAGCCAGGGGUGCUGUCAAAGUCCUCUACCUUGCCUGCCUUCCCAGCAUGCACCAGGAGCUAACUGAGGCCUGGGAAAAGGAUGUAGGUGUGCAUCCCCUUACUUUGCCCUUAUCCACCUGCCGGGAAGUGAUGCAGCUGCUGACUGCCAGCACUUCCUCUCUGCCGCCGUCUCUGCGCACAAUGAACUCCUUUCAGGUUUUUGUGAACUUGGCCCAGGAAUGAUUUCUCGACUUGGCUGCUGUAGGGUUGUGAUUUGGAUAUGGCCACAACCCAGGUCUCCAGGGAUGUCCCAGGGUCUUCAGGAACUGGAUGCAGGUUACCUUGGAGUCAAGAAGGACAUUUAGCUUGCUGCUGAGACUCGAACUCUGGUGGGCAGCUUCAGGAAGCUCCCAGCUUUGAGUAACAGAUCUCCCUCCUCCCUUGCUUCUCAUCAUCCAGGAAUAAAUCUACCAGGAAUCAGUUCCGUCUGAGGUGCUGUAUCUGACAGAUGCUACCAGCUGCUCACUCGAAUCACCCUGUAGGAACGCUCCACCUCAUUAGCAAAGGCUGUUUUCCUUUACUGCGCCUCAUCUGUACAACAGAACGAGGCAUUAAUAAGCACUCAAAUCGACUUUCAUUACAAGUGAAUAUUUUAGCAUUAGUGUUGACUACAAAACCAAUUAUAAACAGGAAGAUGAUAAUAAUAUUUAAGUGAUAAAAAUGUCAGGUUGACAGAAAAGAGAGGAUGAUAUCCACACGAACGGAGUAACAGCCUGGUUACUCUUGAGUUAGAUGAAAAAUGAUCAGUAAAGUUAUUGGGGUGUCAGGACUCCCCCUUGCUAUCGAGUGGAUUUAUAGAUGCUGGUGUGGAGACUUUCUUGGACACCCAGAGGUCUGUGGGUGGGUGGGACGUAACCUCCAGACUCCACGUUUUGCUGCUCGUUUCAGCGGCGUGGUCGCAUUCCCUCACAUGGCAGCCUGCACCGUGCAGGAAAUGCCGCAGCACCUGAGAUAUCGCCGUGUGCCCGCAGGUGGCGUUCCUCACCCUCUGAAGCUGGACACCCAGGGACGCGUCGGCGUGGGAGUGUCCGGCUCUGGGCCCAGCGGCCCCCGCACAUCUGCUUGUGACAUUAUCCUGACCUUAAUUAAACGCUUAUUUUGUUGA